CAGAAGGGUAGCCGCCGCUGCUGCCGCUGCCAGGGAAACACACACUGAUUGUGCGCGCACACACACAAACACACACACGCGAGAGGCAGCGAGAGGCAGCGAGCAUCAGUCAGAGAUUCACACCCCAAAACCAGACCCUGUCUGCCGUCUUCAUCUGUUAGUGCGAGAGCCGCGGCGCGCAGGAGGCGAUGUAAAAUCAAAACAAAGGGCGACCGAAGAGAGGAACGAAUCUGCGAGGCACAGCAGCGCCUGCCUGCCUGCCUGUCUGUCUGUCUGUCUGCUCCUGCACAGCAAUUGUGAGCCAUGCCACUGGUAAAGAGGAGUAUUGAGCCCAGACACCUGUGUAGGGGAGCUCUGCCUGAUGGAGUCACCAGUGAGCUUGAAUGUGUCACCAACAGCACCCUGGCUGCCAUCAUCAAACAGCUUGGCAGCCUCAGUCGUCAUGCAGAGGACAUUUUUGGAGAGCUGUUUAAAGAAGCCAACAGCUUCUACCUGCGAAUGAACCACCUGCAGGAGCGUGUUGACCUGCUGGCUGUCAAAGUCACCCAGCUGGACUCCACUGUGGAGGAAGUUUCUCUGCAGGACAUAAACAUGAGGAAGGCAUUCAAGAGCUCCACCACUCAGGAUCAGCAGGUGGUGUCCCGGACCUCCAUCCCCAACCCUGUUAUGGAGAUUUACCAUCAUGGAGACAAACCUCCUCCACUCAAUAUCCUCAGUCCAUACAGAGAUGACAAAAAGGAUGCAUUGAAGUUCUACACUGACCCCUCCUACUUCUUUAACCUGUGGAAGGAGAAAAUGCUGCAAGCCACAGAGGACAAGAGGAAAGAGAAGAGACGACAGAAGACAAGCGCUCCAGCCCAGGCUCACUCGGCCCAGUCUAAGUCGAGGCAGGUCCAUCCUAGAAGCCCCCUCUGCUCCGCUGAGCAACAGAAGCAGGUGGAGGAUCCAGGCCGGGAGGUAAAGAAGGUUCGGAAGGCACGGAAUCGCAGGCAGGAGUGGAAUGUUUUGGCAUAUGAUAAAGAAUUCCGCCCCGAUGCUCGAUUCACACCCUCUCCAUACCACGGCAUGUCCUCUGAGGGGUCACUCUCGCCUGACAGCAGGUCAGUGGCGUCAGACAUGGGUGAUCACUCGUACCCUGGCAGCCCAAGCCGACCAGUGCAGCAGACAGCUCCCUCCAGCGCGUACUCCAGCAGUGAGGGGAAGGAGCUCCUUCUCGCCCCGACACAGAGCCAGACGCAGAGCCUGGAGCAAGGCUACCGGCCCUCAGGCACACUGUCCACUCCAGCAGGCAGACAGACACUGAGCAGGGUCCAGUCUUCACACGGCUCCACAGCCACAGAUUCAGCCCUCAAUGGCCCUCGACCCACACAGGCUAAAGACUACAGUGGUCAGCAAGCACAGCACCCAGAGUACUUCAUCCCCCCUGCCCCUCCUCCCCCCCCUCCCAUCAUCCCUUCAGCUCAGACGGCUUUUGACAGCCCCUCAGCCCCCUCCUCACUGCCCCCAAGCGCUGUGGCCUCACUGUCCCGCUCCUACAGCCCCUCACCCCCUACCCCUGCCCUUCCAGCCUCAUACACCCCCUCCCCUGCUCACCCACCACCUGCUGCCCCACCUCCACCACCGCCCGGACCCCCAACUCACCCACACCCACAUACACACCCUCACACACACAGCCUGCCCCAAGCUCCGGCCGAGGCAGCGGCCCCCAGAAAGGGCCCAGUUGCCCUGAUCCCCAUGAGUGACGCACGCAGUGACCUGCUCGCCGCCAUCAGACGAGGUAUACAGUUGAGGAAGGUGCAGGAGCAGAGAGAGCUGGAGGCUAAGAAAGAGCCAGUGGGCAACGACGUGGCCACUAUCCUGUCCCGCCGCAUCGCCGUGGAGUACAGUGAAUCAGACGAGGACUCCGAGCUGGACGAGAAUGAGUGGUCUGACUGAGGGAAGAGAAGAAAGAGGGAGGCACCAGCAGAUGAGAAAACAGGAGGAGGAAUGAAAGGAGAGGAUGAAAGACAGAAGGAGGAAUGAAGGGAAAGGAUAAGAGAACGGAAGUAGGAAUGGAGGAGAGGAUAAGAAGACAGAAGGAGGAAUGGAGGGAGAGGAAGUGUGGGAUGGAGAUUUUCCGGACUGCUUAACUUGAAGUAGCAGACACGCUUUUCUCAAAGCAGAACCGGAGCCCCCAGUCUUUGUGCAUGUCAUCAUCCACAAGCAGCAGAAGCUAAAGAUUGUUUUAGUAAUACAUGAGCACCUGGGCAGUUGCAGCUAUUAUAAGAGUCAGUAUUUUAAAGAUGAGUUAAAGUAAUAUGUUGUAUAGUUCUUGUAUAGUGUUCAUCAGGUUGGCAAGGUGUUAUGCCACACAUACAGGCACAGGUGGCAGCAUUCAGAUUAUGACAGGGAUGCACUGAUGCAACUUUGUCUGUCCUGAUACUGAUAUCUGAACUCAUACUGUCAACUGAUCCGGUUCUCUGGCAUUCUGGUUUUAUAGUACAGAGAGACACAUAGACAUGCAGCAGAGACGACUACUGUCCUGACCUCAUCCAAAGGAUCUGGAUCUGAGCAUCAAAGACAUCCUUUAAUAGAUAAGGUAUCAGUUAUAUUAAACCCAAUCUCUUUCCAGUCUUUUUUUUUUGCGUUCAGCACCACUGUUGUAGAGGUGACGUAAACAAGCAUCAUCAACAACCUGUGGAGAUGAGGCAUGUUUUCAGAAGUUAACAGAUCGAAUUGUCUGGCUUGGGAAAUUAUUUUACAGUGGAAUAUGACCACUCUGCAGUGACCGGGGGUUAACUGUGUUUGAGUUAGGUGCAUUGCAUUGAACGCUGGCACAUAAAAUGUUAGAGAGCAGCUAUUGCUGUAGCCUAUUUUUGCCAUUUACCAUGAGUAACAUGCCACUAGAAGCACAUACAGAAAACACAAUGUUUUUCAUUUGAAACUGGAGGAAAAGUUGCAGUGUUCUGCCUUAGCAGACAUGCCGUUUCUGGUUUAAAAGCAGCAUCUUUCUUGACAGAGUACAAUAUGCACAGAAAGUGAAGAGAUUUCACUGCAGAAUAUUACAGUAGCAGAUUCAUCAAAUAGGUCUGAGUAGAUCGUAACAAAUAUUAAGACAUACCUAGUGGAGGCUAAUGUACCAUGAUGCACCACUGUUUUUAGGAUUGUGUAAAUGAAUAAUAUUGUAGACUGAAUGUAGAUCCUUCACAUGAUUAGUAGUGGUGCUGAUACCUUGCCAGUUUAUCAGAUCAAAGCUAAAUUUUGUAAUGGAAAUUUCUAAUUGGAACGAAGUCUCUUAGGUUUUGUCACAGCUUACAUUACUGAGUGUCCCCAGCAGGAUGCAGCCCACAGUCCAUGACUCUUUUGCAAUCCGUCACGCUCCGUGUGUCGCUGCCGUCUGCUCAGUUCACAGCUCCUCACCCUCACUUUCAUUCUCUCCAUCGGUCUUCUUCACUUUUUUUUUUUUUUCCUUGCCGUUCUUUGCAAUUUUCUCCCUCCUCUCCCAGAUGGACAGCUGUGACAUCAGUAACAGCAUUGAGAAGAAGCAGCUGGUUUGCUGGUCAUCUGUGAUGUGGCUGAGGACUCUUCAGAAAGAAAAACAGCCUGAAAGUGUGUUACAGGCUAAAAACUGUUCAAAUGUACACACACAAACACACAUUUUCCAUCAAGAACAGUUGUGAUUUUCACUCUUUGCCCUCUUGGAAAUCAUACCAAAAAUCUGAGUUGCUUAAGUAAUGGACCUAUCUGCUCCACCCACUGAUGUGUUCUUUUGUAGCAUAUGUGGCUAGAUUAGACGUUUUACAUAAUGUUGGCCAAAAUUCUCUUAAACCAAACAAGAUAUUGUAGCAUGCAUUCUUGCCAAAUUACCUCCAAUGAGGAUGUAUUAUUCAUGUCAUAGGGCUGGGCAGUAUAAUGGUAAUAAAGUAUACUACGGAAUUAAAAAUGGUGCAGGUUUUUCAAAAUUAUAAUGUGAAAUUUUUAUUCCACAUCUAAACAGCCAAAUAAACCCACUUCAAUUUUAGAGGGGCUCACUCACUGUUGCUGAGGAAGCUCACCAACAGGAGGAAACUUGGAGCCAUGGGAAGCCUCACAAAAACGAAAAAGAGCUACAAACACUACAUAAUGUCAGCUUUCACUCCAACACAGUCGCUUAACUCUGCACUCUCAGAUAUCUUUUAAAUGGGUGUGGCACAUUUGGCCUUGUGACUUAGCUAAUGUUAGCUUAGCCAAAACACUGCAGUCCCAAAAUGUCACUCCAAAACGACUCACUGCACUUUCGCUCUCUGAGACAUCAGUUUAUCAUGUACACUUGUUUCAAUAGAGCAUCAGUUAGUCAGAAUUAAACAUAUUGUGCUGUGUGGCACUAGCAUUCUGCUAACUAAAGCAAAGACACACGUUUAGUUGAUAAUGAUUCAAAUCUUAAGGAGUGAAGUCGAGUAACUGACGUUAGAAUGACGGAAAGAUCGAAUUAAAUACGCUGUAUGUUUUUUGGAUCUGUAGCCCGAUCGGCUAAUUUAGCACUAGCAGGCUACAGAUCCACCACACAGUGUGUUUAAUUUGAUCUUUCAGUCCUUCCAACUCCAGUUCCUCGACUUUACUCCCUACAGUUUGAAUCAUUUUUAUCUAAACUUGUGUUGGUGCUUUAGUUAGCAGAAUCAAACAUGUUCUGUGGUGAGCGGAGCUGUUAUCAUGCUAACCAGCUCCUCUCCUAUUUUAUAUGCUUGUGAAAGGUCACAGUUAAGAAGGAUUGAAUGUAAAUAGUUUUUCACGUAAUCAUGAUAAGAUUAGCAUGUAAGCAUAACAUUUUAAGCUGAAAACUUUAUGUAGCAACAGUAAAUAAAGCAGGCUACAGUUUCUCAUUAGGUUGAACAGAAUUUUAGCCAAUGUUCCGUAAAGCUUACCCAACCUAGCAACAGUUGCUAUGGAAAAACACAUUUGUGGGUGGAGCAUGAAUAGGUCAAUUCAGUCUGAGGUGCCAAUGCAUCAAUAUCUGUGGGCCAAUUGCUCAUAUAGAACCUUAAAAGACAAGAAAACGUCUACCUAGAUACAUAAACUCUGAAUUUUGUUUGUUUAGUUUUGUGGAAUAAUUGCUCUUUCACAAUAUUCCAGCAAAUGGAAUUAUUAAACUGUAAAGACAAUCUGGGUUACAUAUUAUGCGAUAUGCUUCCUUUAAAAUGUUUAUUUUGUGAAAUGAUAUCAUUUAGGAUAUCUUUAAUGCUAAACUGAUGAUAUUAAGAUUGGGUGUGUUUUGUUUCUCAUAACUUAAAGCAUUCUCUGUUUUUUUGGGAAGUACUCUGAAUAUCUACAGUAGACUUGCAGUGCAUUGUAUUGAUGAUACUUCCUAUAUAGGAAUUUUUAAAGUAUUACUCUGCACAUCUUUCACUGUUUUUCUGUGUAGCAUUCCAAAAAAAAAAGAUAUAACAUUCCGCUGUAGGUAAAAAGGGUCCCACUGUCUCCAGUUACAUGGUAAGAUUUCAGAGAUUUUGCUAUAGCAGAAUCUGUACAGUAGCCACAUUUACCAUACAAGCCCAACAGGUGUAUCUCUGUAUUCACAAUAGUAAUGGUUAGACAUGCUUUCACCUGUUUUGACUGAAGAAAGUUUGAGGUGAAUUCCAUUGCCUUUUAGUUUCUUUCGGUGCUCAUUUCAUUUCAUUUUUUAUUUUUGAAAAACUAAAGUGUACAGAAUGAGAGCACCUAAAUAUUUUAGCUUUAUUUUAUUUAUUUGCUUAAAUUUGCCAGUCAGCUGGCUGCACAAAAAAGGAAGCAUCAACUUACACUUAAACUAAAUCUUUAGCUAUAUAAAGAGUUGUGUGUAUGGCCUGCAGUUUGUAAAAUGUAAAAUGUCUUCUGUGUUUUAAACAAUGUGUUAUAUAGAAUUUUGGUAAAACUGCUUGUAAAGUGAUUUUGCUGAUCUGAAUAACAGACAACAAGCAUUUAAUGUGUCUUUAAGAAGAAGCUGUAGGCAGAAUACAGUAUGCAUGUCUCGAUGACCAAUAAAAUAUCACCUAAAGACA